AUGAAAAUUAUAUUUUUACUCCCAACACCCAAAGUCCAUAUUUAUCAAGGUGAAGCUCUUAAAAUUGUUAUCAACAUAUUAUUCAAAAUAUUAAUUCAAAGUAAAGGUGAAGUACCACUUGAAAAGAUCAAAUCAACUUAUCAAUUCAUAAACAAAUCUGGUGUAACUACAGUUCAACAAUCAACAUUAUUUUCAAUUUACUAUCUUGCAAAUAAAUCAUUAACACUCAUCAAAUAUUUACUUGGUUUACCAAUCUUUCGCAAAGUUGGCGACCUUUUGGCCCAUAACUGGGAUGGUACUAUUUUUUACUUUAAAACUCGUAAUAAAAAAAAGGGUAAUAUAAUUUUUAAUUUAAAUGAUUAUAUAGAUCCAGAAGUAUUUUCAUUUGAAUAUAUAUUUGGUAAUAAUAGUUGUCUUUGUUGUGAUAAUGGUGCAUCAUGUAUUGAUAUUAUAGAAAAGCUUCAUCAAAAUAUUUUAAACAAGAUACUCACAACCUUCAAAGAAUCACCUCCUUUCAAAACAAUCACUGACAUUUAUAUUCAAACUAUAAAAACCUUGUUCUUCUUUCAAAGAUAUGAUUUGUUUUUAAAAUAUUUAGAGGAAUUGGAACUCAUAUGCAGCAAUUCAGAUGAUAUCAUAGAAAGAGAUCGUUUUAUUGUCAUCUCAAACAUUAUUCAAGCUGGUGACCACACCUUAAUGUCCACAGGGGUAAAUGAAUGCAGCGAAUAUUGCAUUCGUUCAACUUUAGGAAUCUGCGAUUUAUUAAUAUAUAAUGUCGAAAAUAACACCAAUAUUGGCCAAUCUUUAAUAAAAAACAAAAUUAUUAUUAAUGAAAAGGAUUUUCAUCCAGAUACAGUAUUGGCUCUUCAGCAGGUAAUAUUUGACGAUAAAAGCAAAUUUAGAUUCUCAUGUAACAUCAAGCCAUACCAAAUACCAUUCAAACUAUAUCAAUUCCUCCUCAACACCUAUCCAAAUAAUACUCUAUUAAAACCAUCGAAAACAAUAAUUGAUCAUGGUAGAAAUAGAGAUAAUAUUGUGUUCCUAAAACAACUCUAUCAAAAUAAUCUUAUCAAUGAUGACAUCGAUAACACCAACAAUGAAUAUAAUCAACUACUAUCCCAGUUAAAACAAAAACUAUCAGAACAUAGAAAAUAA